CCCUUGCUAUAUAAGGCGACCGGUGUGGAGGGGCUCCGCAGGGCUGACUCGAGGCAUUCGUUCCACAGCAGCAAACACGCAGACGAACCAACCUCAGGCUGACAUGAUGGUGAUGAAAGUGGAAGAGUUGGUCACGGGGAAGAAUGGCAGUGGGGAGACUGGGGAGUUCCUACCUGAGGAUUUCAGAGAUGGGCAGUAUGAAGCUGCUGUUACUUUAGAGAAGCAAGAGGACCUGAAGACACUUCCAGCCCACUCCCUGAGCCUGGGGGAGCAACAGUGGAAAAUUGAGAAAGAGCGAGAGGCAGAGCUCAAGAAGAAAAAACUAGAACAAAGAUCGAAGCUUGAAAAUUUAGAAGACCUUGAAGUCAUCAUUCAGCUGAAGAAAAGGAAAAAAUACAAGAAGACUAAAGUCCCAGCUAUAAAGGAACCUGAACCUGAAAUCAUUACGGAACCUGUGGAUGUGCCGAGGUUCCUGAAGGCUGCUCUGGAGAAUAAACUGCCAGUAGUAGAAAAAUUCUUGUCGGACAAGAACAAUCCAGAUGUCUGUGAUGAGUAUAAACGGACGGCUCUUCACAGAGCAUGCUUAGAAGGACAUUUGGCAAUUGUGGAGAAGUUAAUGGAAGCUGGAGCUCAGAUCGAAUUCCGUGAUAUGCUUGAAUCUACAGCUCUCCACUGGGCAAGCCGUGGAGGAAACCUCGAUGUCUUAAAAUUGCUACUGAAUAAAGGAGCAAAAAUCAGUGCUCGGGAUAAGUUGCUCAGCACAGCGCUGCAUGUAGCUGUGAGGACUGGCCACUACGAGUGCGCGGAGCAUCUCAUUGCCUGUGAGGCGGACCUCAACGCCAAAGACCGAGAAGGAGAUACCCCUCUGCAUGACGCCGUGAGGCUGAACCGUUACAAAAUGAUCCGACUCCUGAUUAUGUAUGGGGCCGACCUCAACAUCAAGAAUUGUGCUGGGAAGACCCCAAUGGAUCUGGUCCUGCACUGGCAGAAUGGAACCAAAGCGAUAUUUGACAGCCUGAAGGAGAACUCCUACAAAACCUCUCGCAUAGCCUCCUUCUGAGGGAAAUGGCGCCGCUCGCAUCCCGUUGUUCUUCACCGGCAUUUUGAAGGCAAGGCCCCAAGGGAGAGCAACUAGUCCUAACACCCAGCUCCUAUCCACCUGUUGUACAGCUGCACCCAGUGAAGUCUGGAGAAAGCACAGGCAUAUAGUUAGGGGAAUUUCCCUUAGUGAAUCUCACCCUAUUUAUUUUAAUUUAUUUCUGUUUAUUUAUUUAUUUAUUUACUAUGAUGCCACUGGAAAUUCUGAUCCUUCACGAUGACCCACUUGGUGAGCAAAGCUUCAUUUGUAUCUAACACUUCGGAGCCUCCCCGUAGAUUUGCUCUUGAACCAUGUUAACGAGCAAUGCUGUUCG